UUCAACAUAACUAAAGAAGAAGAGAAAGAGAGUCGCGAUGAACAGAGACGGGGACAAGAGCGCAAAGACUGCGCUCCGGAGCCAGAAACCACCCAAGGCGCAGCAGCAGGUUUCUGUCCAAAAAAAGAAGAAAGAUCCGGCUUCAAAAGAUGCCCUAAGUGGCUCUCGUUCAUCUCAAGGAGACUCGGAGAGGGAGCUGAAAUCGGCGGGACUGCAGGGAAAACGACCGGUGAAAGUGUCACCCGGUGCCACAGUGGACUGCCCCGGUGCGCAGAGGAAACUGUCGGAUGCCAGCAACGCUUCAGAGGAUCUGAGCAAAGACUCCGGCUGCCCGUCUGGGAAACUUUCCUCCUCAGACAGCAGCUCAGAAAUAUCCGACUGCCCCUCGGAGGGCAACCAUAAGCACGACUCUCCGAGCAGCGACAAUGAUUUAAGCUGGAUAGACGGUGCAGCUUAUCUGAUCCCGGACAGCGAGGGGAAAGGCGACGGGAGACCGUGCGUAAAGGUGCCUGCUGCGGGUCUUAGUUUGUUUAACUCUACCGGGACGUUUAUGGAUCUAAUGAUGGGAGAGACAACCGAAGACGUUGUCCGGGAAGUGGAAGAUUUGAGAUCAGAGAACGAGUAUUUGAAAGAUGAGGUGGAGGAGCUUCGCUGUGAGAUGUUGGAAAUGCGCGACAUGUUUCAGGAGGAGGAGGUGUACCAGCUGCAGGACCUGCGGCUGCAGCUGGAGCAGGCCAACAAGACCUGCCGCAUCCUGCAGUACCGCCUCCGCAAGGCCGAGCGCCGCAGCAUCCGAGUGGCUCAGACGGGGCAGGUGGACGGGGAGCUCGUCCGGAGCUUGGAGCACGAUAUCAAGGUGGCAAAGAGUGUGUCCCUCCGGCUGUACAACGAGUUGGAAGCGGUGCGAAAGAAGGAUUCCCAGUUGGAGUGGGAAAACGAAGUGCUGCGUGAGAAGACUCAGGAACUGGAAGUGGCCAAGCAGGUGUUGCAGGCUGAAGUGGAGAAAACCAGAGAGAGCACUCUGAAGAAGAAGAGCAUCCGAUCAUCAGCCAGUAGAGCUGAGAAGAGGCUCUCUCAGCAGAUUGAGGAUGACAGUGCAGACCUCAGGUGCCAACUCCACUUUGCCAAAGAGGAAUUAGCUCUCAUGUGCAAGAAGCUCACCAAGUUGGUAUCAGAGAGCGAGGGCUUGCGCGAGGAGCUGGCCAAAUACCACUCGGCCUACGGCGACAUAGACGCCAUCCAAUCGCUGGAGGGCAAACACAACUCUGCCCACGCCAGGGAGGCAGGGGUCAAAAUUCACCUCAAACUGGUGGAGGAGGAAGCCACGCUCCUGAGCCGGCGAAUUGUUGAACUGGAGGUGGAGAACCGUGGACUGCGGGCAGAAAUGAGCGACCUGAGAGAGAAAAUGGGAAGAGGAGGAGAUGAACAUGAAGAGGAGGAAGAAGAAGAGAAUCGGGAUGUGUCGGAGGAGAAUCUGUCGGCUUCCACACCGGUGAAGGAGAGAGAGCGAAGUAUUGAAACAGGAUGCGCAUUAUUCGAGCAGGGUCAGGACGAGGAAGCAGAGAAAGGUCAAAGUGAUGCUGAGACUGAUGGGAUGAUUACUCGUCAUAUUACUCGAGAGGGUCCUGUGGGUGGUGAGUGGGACCCUUCAGACCGCCAUGAGAGUGACAACAACAAAAACAACAACAGAGGUCUCAGAGGCAUGACGGUGAAAGACUAUGAAACUCUUCUAACUCUCAGAGAUCAUUCCAGCAUUUUGAGUUCAGCAAUCCAGCUCGUGACGACUCCUCCAAAAAAUGGCCACAGCUUAUCUACCUCAUGUGCUUUUACCUCUCCGACAGAGGUGGACUUGAAUGACAAGGCACAUAAGAUAUUCCCACCUUCAAAUGAGGCAUUGGAGCUUCUACAGGCCAUGUUGGUGGCUUUCAUUGGGAGAGUGGAGACGCUCCUAACGGGAGGAAAUUUUGUCAAACUCUCCGUUCACAAGGACGGACACGUUCGGGAUUCCUGCGCGUUCUCCUUUCUCCCUGAAGACUGUCCAGAUCCUAACCUCAAAGAGUCACCAAGUAAGCAGUGUGUAGAAGACCUACGCACCUCAGAGGUUAAGGAGAGAGAAAAACAAAUGAGACAAACAACUUCCUUUCAAUCAGACCUCAUUCACAGCUGCAGGGACCCAAAAAUGCGACUGUGCUUGCAGGUUCUGUGGAUCCUCCAUCAGUGGUGUCAAGUUAAAGGACCCGGGCUGGAGGGAAAAGAGGGUAAAGACAAAACCAUGUCUGUGCUGCGGGGGCUGUUGCAAGACCUUGGUGCGGAGCUUCGGGAUGAGUGGCUUGAAUUCAACAGUAGGGCCAAUAGUACGUGGAGCAAGGACGCUGAGUCUGGCACCAGUGAAGGCUUUCAUGACAGAGCUGACAGAAUGAGCAGCUCAAAAGCGAAAAGACUUCGGCGACAGUUUUCUCCACACGGCUGCAAGAGGAAGAACUGGUGCUAUCUGAGCCAGGAGGCUGCCCAGCUGGACCGAGAGGACCACGUUAAGACGUGGGACCAUCUAAUCAUGCCGCUUAGCUUCCCUGAUCUCGACUUUGAGCGGAUGUCCACGGAGAGGAGCCACACUGCCCCGGAGAAAUCUGCCGUCCGCAUCUACUACAGCCCCCCGUCGGCUCGUAGAGUCCAGCUGGCUCAGCUGAAGCAAAGCCCCGUCACAGAUCAACAGUCUGUCAACUCUGGCUCUCCGUGGUGCACGCCGCCGACCUGCUUCUCUCCGCUCUGUCUUGGGGGCUCAGCUGCUAACCUCAGUGACGACAUGAAGGAAAUGACGGCCGGCUGGAGGCAGCCGGUCCAGGGCAGUUCACAGGAGAAGAGAGGGCGAUUACAGCAGCGGUGGGUGGACGUGGCCUGUUCAGGUACUCAGACCCACAUGAAGCCCCAGAUGGUGAGUGUUGGUCUGCAGACAGACGGGUCAGUCACUGUGAGAAGCAGUCCAUCCCGGGUCCUGAACACCUCCUUGGUCUCCGCCCGUCUACACCAAAUCUCCACUUCACUGGACGGGGGACCAGGCAGAGUCGAGAGGCCCAGAGUCUCCACCUCAUCCCCUAAAUUUGACCGGAGACACUCUGUAUCUGGUGCAUCGUCUCCCCCUUCAUCCAUCAAUUUGAGCUCCUCCUCAUCUUCAUCCUCUAGGGAUCGAGUAUUGUGGAGCCAAAGACACCAAGGCCACACCAACCUCACGUGGACUCGACAAACCAGUAACAGAUCCUGUCCAGGACUGAGCCACAGCUCUCUGAGCAGCGACAAGUCUUCCAGCAAACCUGCAGGCGCCAACCGCUACGGCAUGGUCACAGAGUUCCUGCGCAGGGUGAGCGGCCGGGCAGAGAAGCCGGUACCGGGGUCAGGGCAGAAGACAAAGAACGGCCUGAAGAACCUGGAACGCGUUCCAACGAGGCCUCCCGCCGCUCCGCUGCACAGGAAUGACAGCGUGACGAGGAUCGUCAACCAGAGGUUCAUGAAGCAGCGAGAGGAGGCCAGUCGGGCCCAGAGAGAGGAGAAGGGGAGCGGUCGGAACCCCCACGGUGUCCGACACAGUACCGUCACAGCAGAGGAUGGAAACUACGACCACAGCUCCAGCAGCACCCUGACCUUCUGCUUUGCUCGCCCAUCUCGCUCCACCCAGAGACAAACGUCGAGCCAGAGCAAGCUCCACCGGCACAGAUACUCACCUCCCUCGAGUACGGCUGCAGACUCCAAUUGUGAGUGAACGGGCAGAGAAACGGCAGCUAUUAUUUAUACUUCUGGACAGCUGAGAGCAGUCCGAGUGACAGGGAAGGGCAUUUAAAAUGUAAUUUUAAAAUGUAAUUCCUUCUUUACAGGAGGGUUGAACUGGGAGAACUGGUCACUGUAUGUGGGAU